CUAGGACAUCAAACGGGUGCAGACUUUUCUACAUUGUAGUCCUUACUUCUAGAUCAGCACGCGACUUCCUUUGCCAUAUAUACUUGGCUUCCACAAUCGCGCUUGCCAGUCCCAUAACUCGAAUUACUCCCGAAGAUCAUAUAUUAUCGCGAUUAACAAUGGCGUCCGAAUCAACAAUCUCGCCGACGCGACGCAUCGCGCUCCAGGACAUCAGCACUCAUGCCAUUAACAAGGCCCCUUCCGGAAACCCUCUUUUGCUGGGACACAAGUCCAUCAGUGCUGAGAAGUCGUCAGGCGUGGCUAAACAAUCAUCUCUUAAGACGUCGUCUCAGGAUAGGGUCCUCAGCCCGGUUCGUGAGAACACUCAAUUGGGCGGCCAGAAACGAGGCUUUGAGCUGGAUGAAAAUACUGGCGAAUCAGGAAUCAAGCGAUUUAAAGGCGAACACUCUGUCAAGACAGACAGGAAUCCGUGCAAGCAAAUCAGCAGUUUGGAUAAGAUCAAAGAACAUCGCGUUAAGUCUGAUGGAGACGUGCGAUCAGACUGUCCUGGUAACUCUUUGUCAGUAUAUGAGGAUGAUGUCUCAACAUCCUUAUCACCAGCCUCUUCCUCGGACUCUAGCCAAGGUGCAUUGAACGACUCACAAAAUACUCUUAUCACCGAGCCUGAUGAUUCCCGUGUUGUCUUGGCUACCAGGGGAGAGGAAAUUCGACAAAAAGCUAGAGCAUUGAGGCUCCGUCUCAGUCUCGCGAACUACAAAGUCCAAACAGAUCAAAUCGACAUACCAAUUUCCCAACUACAGGUCAAGAGCACCUCGAACUCUACACAACUACCCACUUUACCGCCCAGAACAAAUACACCUCGACGCCGUACUCUUUCAACCCAGGGCCUGUCGAAUAUCCCUGAUAUCCGAUUUCCAGAGCCAAGUUCCGAAAGGGCACCAGAAGAUACCAACAUCACAUCCUCACCACCCCCCUGUACUAGAUCAACAUCCCCUCAAAAGGAAUCUGUUGACAUUUCACAAGAACCUCUUGCAACCCCAGUUCUACCCCAUCAGCGCGAAGGUUUACUCAAUCCUCCGGCGUUGGGAGGUGAUAUGGAAGACAGAGGCUCUGCUGGAGAUUUGACCAGCCGUGUUGUCAAAGAUCAAGCUGCCGAUGGGCUGUUAAGUCUCAUGCACCACCAGAGCUGAGGCAUUGGUCUUCGCGCGCAUCAUUAAUAUCAGUACACGUUUUCUUCUUGUUGGAGCGUUGCGUGCUUUUAUAUAUUGUUUUGCAUGGAGAGAAUGACAACUGGGUCAUUUGACUUUGUAUGAAUUAUUCCCCUUGUCAAUUGUCUACACACAUCUAGUCUGUGUGUAUGCAUGGAUGGCGGCUUGUUGCAUCAGGGCGGAGAAUAGGCGAUUGGAGUUCCGCUGUAUAGCUUGGAUAUGUUUUAACUAUGGAAUAGCAUUGCAUAGCGAGAAGGAGCAAACGAAGUAACGUGCAUUACGGACAACUUCAUGGGUAAAAUAGUUCACUGUAUCAUAGGAGUAGAUGGCAAAACGGGACCACUGUAUAUCUAGCCGCCUCUUAAUUGAGGAAUGGCUUGCCAAUAAGAAACCAAAUGAACUCUUGUAGCUUGGGAU